GGGGGCCGAACUCGAAGGCAUCAUGGCACGGAGCUAUAGCCACAGGCACACAGGAGGUGUGUGCAGCGUCCAGGGGACAUGCCAUGUAGUGUCGUGGAGUGCGAGCGCGGACAUGAGGAUAGGCGCGAGCACGAUCAUGGGUGCCAGUGGAAGAGUGGAUGCGGGUAUGUGGGACGCGGGUGUCGAUGUCGCGACACGGGGUUGCGAUUACGGCACUAUACAUUCAAGGACUCAAGCGCAAGGUGGAUCGCUCGAGACACAGUGGGCCUUACCAGCGGAGGCGUCGAUACUGGGGCCGUGGCAUGAGGUUGCGGACAGGACAUGCAUGAGCAUGCAGAAGCAGUCAGGGGCGACUUGCGUGGGUGCGCGAGAGUGUCCUAGGCCGAGACACGGGUGCACACACGGGCCACCUGGGUCGAGAUGCUGGCACGCAUGGGGGCGGACAGGCUCGAGGCACUGGCACGCACGGGAGCGGCCAGGAGUGUCCAUAGAGCGUGUCAUGUGUGCAGCUGAAGAAGUGUCGACACGCGAGAAAUACACGUGGAUAUGGUGUCGAUACCUUUGCAGCGGACUGGAGCAAACCAGAACUCUCUAGAAGCUGCUGGGCGUGCGGGAACAGUACCAGACAGGGGUCUGGAUGGGCUUGUUGGGCCAAGCCCAACCUCGGGUUUCUCCUAAGGCCUUGUAGAUAAUUCUAGAAUAGGGGAUUCUAGAAUAAUGUAGGCUUAGGAGGGAGAAUGGAGAAUGUUCUGGAAUUGUACAUAUGAGGGGAAUUGUGUGGAGUGUUCUAGAGACCUCACCUGUAGAGGGGCUUAGGCCUGAUCUCUUCUAUAAAUAGGGGUGGCUUUA